AACCCUCUGUAUACGAUUAUCUGAAAAUUAUACAUAAAACGUCAUUCUCAAUGUCAAAAUUACUAAGUGGUUUUAUUUGGCAUUUUGUUUGCUUUAUAAUGGAUAUUUUAAAAAUUUUUCGAAUGCAGGAACCUGUAACAGUUGUUCUGUCCAAAAAAGAACGCAUACGUCAAGCUAAAGUUGUUAUACAAGAUAAAUGUAAGAUCAAUGAAAACAAAAAAUACGAUCUUCCAAUAGGAGAGAUUUUUCGAAUGCAAGAACCUGUAUCGAAAGGUAUGCUUUCUAAAAAGGAAGAAGUUGGGCAAUUUAAAGAGGUCCUUCAAGAAAAGGAAUUUCUUAUUAAAAAUAAUGAAGAAAGAAUUAAAGAACUAGAAAAUGAGAUUAGCGAUCUAAAAGAAACCAACCAUUCAUUAGAAUGCCGACUAAAAGCUAGUUCAUUAGAUGAAAACGGUUUCCAAGAAGUAAUGCUAAGCUACGAUGACUUUUUCAAAAAAAUUUGGAUCGACCGUGAAGAAGUAGUGAACAAGAAUAACGUAAUGGACACGUACUUACAAAAUCUAGAGUUUUCCUACAACGGAUUGCUCGAAAAAUUCGAAAAAGCUAAGGAAAUUAUUUAUGGAUUAAAGAAUAACCAAGAUUUGUUAAAGGAAGAGCUAGAAGAGUAUAAAGAAGUCAUAGAAGUGUGGGAAAAAAGAUAUGAAGGCUUGAAAGCACAUUCAGAGACUACUCUAGCUGAUGCAAAUAAAGAAUUAGGAGAUAAGGAAAAGGAAAAUUUACAAGAAGUUUCUAAAUUAAAGACGAAAAUUUUACAGCGACAAGCCAAGAUUAUUGAACUGGAAAAAAUGUUAAAACACGAUUUAAAACCGUCCAUUUAUGCUCCGUUGCGAAAUAGAAUUAAAUCAAAAUAAAAAUGUUUAAACUGUAAUAUUUUUUAUAAUUUAUUACUUUGGUAAAUGUGUUUUCCCAACUUUUCAAAUAAAACAAUCUCACCUGAUUCAGAAAUUCGAUGAGUAU